UGAAGAGCUGGCGAAUCACCGAAAAGGACAAGAACCCAUAAUUUUCGUCUGUUAUUUUCUUUUCUUUUCUUUUCUUUUCUCUCUUUCUCUCUCAUCGUUCAGAACAGAGGCGCAUAUGACAUCAACUCUGUUCGACACAUCACAAAAAGACUCGUAAAACACUCUCUCACUCUGCUUUCAUUUCUCUAAGAUUCUCUCAAUUAAGUUCUUUUGAGUAAUUGGGUUGUGUUUAUUAGGGUUUUAUAUCGAUCUGUAUGUGUUUUUUGUGUGUGCAAAUGAAGUGGGUAUUGAUUGAGAGUUGAAAUUAAUCAGAUUCUUUAACUAUGGGUGAGCAUGAUGAUGAGACUGUCGUUGUUGAUCGGGCUGUAGCUGCUGAUGAAACCCUAAUGGAGAAUUUGGGUGUUGAGGAUCGGAUCGAGGGGUCUUUGGGUGGGGAAGAUGAUGGAGGGGAGAUAAUGGUGGAGGUGGUGGGCUCUGAUGUGUUUGUUGAUGGGGUUGGUGGUGAGGGGACUGGAGGGGAUUGGAAUGGGGAGGAGGAGGGUGCUGGUGAGUUGGUGAAAGAUGGGUUGGAGAGGGAAAUUGAAUCUGCUGCCGGUGAGAGCAGUGUAAUCAGUAGUUUAGCAUCUGAGGAAGUUGGGGCUUUGGGUGGUCAAGUAGUGGAAUCUAGAACUGACACUCGGAUUGAAGGUGUCGAGGAAGUUGCAGGCUUAUUGGAUGAGCAAACCCAUGUUGAUGCGGAGAAAGUUGACCCCACAGUGAAUGAGGGCUUGGGUGGCAGAGGGGGUGAUGCCAGUGUUGUUUCAGAUUCUCACAGAGCUGAAAAUUUGCAUGAUGAAGCUCAGAAUGAUGGAAUUGAGACUGGGUUGGGAGGUUCCUUAACAAUUUCAAGAUCAUCAUGUGAACAAAGUGAAGUUGUUGCGGAGAGAGCCGUGGCUACGGCUACUGAGGAGAGUUUGGAGAGAGGGUCGGUUGAUGAGGGUGUGGAGAGGGAACUGGAAUCUGUUGACGGCGAGGGUGGUGAAAUCGGUGGUUUAGCAUUGCAGGAAGUUGGGGCUUUGGGUGGUGAAGUCUUGGAAGCUAGAAUUGAAACUCGGAUUGAAGGUUUCCAGGAAAUUGCAAGCUCAUCGGAUCGACAAACCCAAGUUGCUGCUGAGGAAGUUCCCUUGGGGGUGAAUGAGGAGGGUAUUGAGAGAGGUGAGCAGUUGGAUGGCAGAGGGGGUGAUGCCAGUGGUGUUUUAGAUUCUAACAGAGCCAGUAUUAUGCAUGAUGAAGCUCAGAAUUCUGGAACUGAGACUAGGUUGGGAGGUUCUUUAGCAGUUUCAUCUUGUGAACAAAGUGAAGUUCUUGCGGAGAAAGUUAUGGCCACGGCUACCGAGGAGAGUUUGGAUAGAGGAUUGGUUGAGGAGGGACUGGAGAAUGAUAUGAAGUCUGUUGAGGGAAGGGAUGAUGCACCGGAUGUCUUGCCAUCCCAAAGAGGUGGCAUUUUGGUUGAUGAAUUAUGGAAUCCUGGAAUUGGUGCUGCAGCUGUAUGUUCUUCCACUGUUGCACAAUCCUCGAAUAUGCUAACACCAAUUGUUACAGAGGAAGUUCCAGGUGGUGGUGUUAAGGAGGGGAAUUUAACUUGUUCGGGAAACAGUCAAAGUUCAGUGCCUGAAACAGUUUCUGUGGGAAGAGACAAAGAUUCAAAUGGCGAUUCUUUGAAUCGACAAGUUGAAGUUGAUGUUGGUGGGGAAGUUGCGGUAAUGAACAAGGAAGAGAUUUUGCAUCCAAAGGACAAUUUAUGUUGUUUGGUAGAGGAUCAGGAGAUGAAGGUUGAGACAGCUGGUGAGAAUACUGAAAAUCAAGGUGAUUUGCAUACUGAUUUUGUAUCCUCCACUGAUCCAACUAUGGCUGUUACUGGUAGCGAAGUUACGGCAGUUGAUGACAAGGUUGCUUUUACUCCUAAUGUUGGAGCUCCCAAUAAUGUGGGUGGGGUUGGAGUUGAUGCUGUAGAAGUUGGUGUUGUAUGUACAGAUUCAGGAUCUUACAUAGAACAAUCCCAAGUUGCAGCAGACUAUUCGGUAGUCAAUGACAGCAAGAUUUCAACUUCCAGCAGUGUAACCCUGGCUGGUGGUGGAACAGAAACUUUGACGACUGAAAACAGGGUGCCCACUGAUUCUGAUGAGAACCUUGCUCUUGUAGAAAAUGAAGAGUUGAAAGUCGGUAGUGUGGGUGGGGGCUCUGAAAGGGAUGCUGCUGUAUGUACUGAGCCACAGUCUUGUUAUGAACAAACCAAUGUUGUCAAUGGCAAUGAAGUUUCAGUGAUGGACAGCAAGGUCUCAAAUUCUGAAGUGGAAAUUCCAACAACUGAUGAUAUGGAUAGGACUGUAGCUUGUUCAGAAGAUGAUCACAAUAUGAAGUGUGAGGUGACGUGUGAAAUUGCUGGAAAAGAUGGUCAUGUGCUUGCAGAUCCAGAAUCCUCAAACGAACAAGCUUGUGUUACUGAAAUAAGGGAAGUUGCAGCCACGGAUGUUGAAGAGGUAUUGAAUAUUGAAGGUGAAGUGGCAGGAGAUGAUGCUUUCGAUGGCAGUUCAGGGAAAGAUCAGUACUUGGAGAUCAAGAAGGUUGAAAGUGAUGUGGUACAUAGAGACCUGGAAUCAUCUGGUGAGCAAACCCAAAUUGCUGAUAGGAGUGAUGUUUUGGUGAUAGGCAAGGAGGUCCCCAAGCUUGAAGGUGAAGCUAUGAUGAUAGAUGGUGAAGGAGUUUCAAACUUCAAAAUUGAAGUUUUCGAUGGUGAUAAAUGUUUACAGAAAGAUGAAGAGUUGAACACCCUGACUGUAACUGGAAGCAUUGAAAAAGAUGGUAUUGCACAGGGAAAUGCUGAAACAUCUGGUGAGCUGAUUAGAAUUGACAACCCAGUGGAAUCUUCAGUUACCGACGGUCAGGGCAUUGUUUAUGUUCCACCUUGUUCUACUUUUAAUGAGAAUAUAUCUCUGUCAGAGACAGCUGAAGAUUUGAAGGAAGAGACUUUGGGCAAGACCUCAGUAGAACAACCUUCUGAAUGCGUUGAUGCUCCUCCAAUUGGGGAUUGUAGUAGUUCUGUUCAAACAUGUUCGGAUAGUCUUGAAGACAAUACAUCCUUGCAAGAUGAGAAACAAGAGACAGUAGCCCCACAAGCUGACAUACUGACUCAAGAUGUAGAUGGGAAUCAAAGCAUGAAUAUGCUGAUUGUUGAUGAAAGCUUGACCGAAGGGGUUUGUUCUGCAGCACUUUUAAGCACAGUUGUUGAGGGUACUGCUGCAUGUCAAGCUACAGUUACCUGCACUUCUAUUCAUAAUGGGAGUGACCCCGUCACGUCUUCUGUUAAUGACUCUAUGGGCUUCUUGCCAGAUGAACAUCAAAAUUUGGAAGUUCAUAUGGUAAGCAGUGACAUUUCUCUACAAAAUGGAAAUCAAGCCAUUGCUACUAGUGUUUCUGGUGCAGUAAAUACUGAUGAAGUGGUAAAUCCUGAAGCAAAAGGUGAAUUCUACAAGGCCAAUGAACAUGUUUCUGAAGGGCAAGUCUUGAACAAAUCUAUGGUGGGAAGUCUGGUUGUAGAUUUGGAUAACUAUCUCAACAAAGAUGGGGAAUGGAAGCCACAAGAUGAUUCUGCCCAGGAAAAUUCUUCACUGCCAGAUGAGUCUCAAUUCAUGAGAGAUGAUGUUCAAGCAAUGGGAGGCAAUGUGGGACAUGAAUUCUCAGAGUGCUUAGAUGGGAGUGCACCUGGUGUAGGGCAGGAAGUAGAAGUUCAAGAACAAUAUACUGAUUCCGAGCAGGUAGAUCCAUAUGAAGGUCAAGAAAUAGAAACUGGAGAACAAGCUGCUGAUCAUGAAGAGGCAAAAUGUGUUGAGGAUAAAAGCUCAAAACAAACAACUCUGAAGCCUGGAAGCUUUGCAAAAGCGCACCAACAGCAUUAUCUGCUGCCGCCAGAAAGUGAUGGUGAGUUUUCUGUGUCCGACUUAGUCUGGGGUAAAGUGAGGAGCCAUCCCUGGUGGCCUGGACAAAUAUUUGAUCCUGUAGAUGCAUCAGAAAAGGCAAUGAAACAUCAUAAAAAGGACAGCUUUCUGGUAGCAUAUUUUGGAGAUCGAACUUUUGCUUGGAAUGAAGCAUCUCUCUUAAAGCCAUUUUGGACAAAUUUCUCCCAAAUAGAGAAGCAGAGCAAUUCAGAAACAUUCCAAAAUGCUGUCAGCUGUGCCUUGGAAGAGGUUUCUAGACGGGUGGAGUUGGGGCUGGCUUGCUCUUGCAUACCAAAAGAUGCCUAUGACAAUAUUGAAUCUCAGAUUGUUGAAAACACUGGGAUCUGUGAGGAAUCAAGUAGAAGAUAUGGUGUGGACAAAUCUACAGGGGUGAGUUCCUUUAAACCUGGUAAUCUUCUAGAGUAUAUAAGAGCAUUAGCACAGUCCCCGUCUGCUGGGGCUGAUCGACUGGAGCUUCUUGUUGCAAAGGCUCAGUUGUUGGCUUUCAGUCGGUUAAAGGGUUAUUGUCGGCUGCCUGAAUUCCAGUUUUGUGGAGAGUUGUUGGAGAAUAAUGCAGAUAGUUCACAGUUGGGUGAAGUGAUUGACCAUGCACCCAAUGGUGAGCAAAUCUUUUCCAGCAAGGGGAGGUUAACAAAUGAAAACAGGUCUUCCCAUAAGCGUAAACACAAUCUUAAGGAUAUGUACCCUAGGAAGAAAGAGAGAAGCAUGUCAGAAUUAAUAGGUGAUGAGGCAUCUUCUCCAGAUGGUGAAGAUGGGUCAGAUUGGAAAGAUUCAAGUAUGUCCGGUAAGAAACGGAAGGGUAUUGAUUUCAUUUCUGAUGCCUCAGAGAUGCAAGAUAAGAGAAUUAGCUUUUAUGCUGCAAAAGUGUCUACUACUGCAACUCCAAUUCCUAAGCCAUCAUUUAAGGUUGGUGAAUGCAUUCGUAGAGUAGCAAGCCAACUGACUGGGUCCCCAUUAAUUCUGAAAUCUAACAGUGGAAAGUUUCAAAAGGUUGAUGGAAGCAGUGAGCCACCUGUCGGGUUCGAUUUGCAGACUCCUGAUAAUUCCCAAGGAGGAAGGAUGGUUCUCCCAAUGGAAUACUCAUCUUUGGAUGAGAUGCUAUCACAACUUCACUUGGCUGCUGAGGAUCCUAGGAAGGGACGUGACUUCUUGACUACCAUUAUUACUUUCUUCUCUGGUUUUAGAAAUUCAAUUAGUUUGGGUCAUUAUUCUGGGAGGCAGAAUUCAGCCACUGGGAAACAAGGAGGUGGUAGAAAGAGAAAAGCAUCUCAUGGCAUUAUUGGUUCUCCCGAAGAUUUUGAAUUUGACGACGUGAAUGACUCCUACUGGACGGACAGGAUUAUCCAAAACAAUUCUGAAGAGCAACCAUCAGGGGACGGUCAGAACAGAGAAGGAGAAUAUCAGCUCAUGGCCUUUGAUCCAGAUAAACCCGUUAAAUCAAACCGUAGGUCUUACUCUAGAAAGCGAUAUUCUAAUGGAAACCAUGAAAUGGCCAUGGAGGAACCAAUGGGGUAUAUUGAAGAGAGAAGGCAAGAAAAUUUACCAACAGAACUUAUACUGAACUUCUCUGAGGGAGAUUAUAUUCCUUCUGAAGUGAAUCUAAAUAAAAUAUUUAGACGGUUUGGGCCUCUAAAGGAAUCCGAAACUGAAGUUGAUCUGGAGACUAGUCGUGCCAGAGUGGUUUUUAAGAAGUGUUCAGAUGCAGAAGUUGCUUUCAGUAGUGCUGGAAAAUUCAACAUUUUUGGGCAAACGAUAGUUAAUUACGAGCUCAGCUAUUCACCGUCAAUCUCAUUCAAAAGCUUGCCCCUUCCAACAUCACAAGGCCAGGAGGAUGCGACUUGAUAUCCCUGUUUCAGGAACUGUUCUGGGGUUGGAUAGAAUGCUGAAUAAUGAAAACAGUGCCAACAUCCUUUGCCAAACGGGUUUCUGAAGAAGGUAACCGGACUCCAAUAUAUCUGGUUAUCUAAAAUUUCUAAAUUUCUCUGUUUGUUACUCCAUAGGUUUUGUAUUUUAACUAGAUGCAUGAUGUCAUACUCUACUCACAUUCUUCGCUUAGUGUGAUGUUAUUGUUGUUUACUGGCCAACCCUCGAAAUUUAUAUCAUGAUGACUGUUGAGGUUCUUAUUGAUUACAGAACCAUGAUUCCUAUUUUUUGUUGCUUAUAGAUCAUAGUUAUAUGCGUCAAAUGAAUGGUAUUUCUCUGUGUGUUGGUACCAUGAAAGAGGAUUAUGCUUCUGUCCUUCAGGCGAGGAUUCGUAGCGUUUGCCAUUCAGAUUCGUAAAGUUAUGUCGAGUAUGGAUGUUAAUGAUAUGAGUUUUGCCUUGUGAUAUGCCCAUUCUUUCUGGUUGGAAGUAUUAGCUUGUAAGCUGUACCUGUAUGGAACAUUUGUUCGUGCCAUUAUUUGUAGAGGUUUCCAUUUA